CCUAGUACCUACACAUUACACUACGAAUUGACAAAGUAUAGGUACCUACCUAUAUUAUUGACUUGGAAAAAAUGGGAAAUUUUAUCAAUGUAUGUUUGCUUUUUCAGAAAUUACCUAGUACGUUUGAUUCUGAAUAAAAUGGAAGAAGAUUUAGUAGUGAUCACACCUCAAGGUAAAUUAAUUGGAACCAAAACCACGACUGUGUUAUUCAAAACACCGUGUUAUUCUUUUUGUGGAAUUCCAUACGCGAAACCACCGGUUGAUGCACUUAGAUUUAUGCCACCUGAGCCAUUCGGAAAAUGGCGAGGAGUACUAAAUGCGACAAAAGAGAGGGACGAUUGCUUACAGUUUUCACAAUUUUACAAAAUAAUUGUUGGUUCUGAAGAUUGCCUGUAUUUGAAUGUUCAUACCCUCGAACCACCUUGUAAAACAAAAACACUCAAAGCUGUGAUUGUUUUGAUUCAUCCGGGUGGAAAUUUUUGGGGAUCUGGUUCGAGAGAAUGUUUGGGAAAUCCAGAUUUUAUCGUUCCUCAGGAUAUUGUAUUCGUCACUUUUAAUUAUCGUCUUCAUGCUUUCGGGUUUUUAAACCUUGGAAUUCCUCAAUGUUCUGGCAACAUGGGACUGAAAGAUCAAGUUAUGGCUUUGAAAUGGGUCAAAGAAAACAUUUCGUGUUUUGGAGGUGAUCCCAAUAAUGUAACGUUAGCUGGAACAAGUUCUGGUGCAUGUGAUGUGCAUUUUCACACGAUGUCGUCUCUAUCCAAAGGUUUUUUCCAUAAAGUUAUAAUGCAGAGUGGAUACGCGGGUAACGCGAAUUGGAGUUACAUUACUCCUGAAUCAUCAUAUGAACGAGCCAUUCUACUGGCCGAAGAGAUGGGCUACAGAGGAGGCACAUCUGCUCGUAAAUUGUGUACUUUUUUCAAAUCCAAAAGCGCUAUUGAAAUAACCGACGCAGUCGGAAGGCUGAAAAGACAUAUCAAAACAUCAAAUCCAGAAAAAUAUGACGUUUGCCAAUUUCUUCCAAGUGUUGAAAUUGAAUCAGAGAAUGCAUUUUUCACAGCUUCUCCAAGAGAACUGAUGUUUACAGUUGAGCCAAUUCCUAUGAUUUGUAGCAUAGCAGAAAAAGAAGGCCUGUUUGCAUUUUGCACCAAACCCGAAGAACUGAUUCGAAGUAACCUGGAAAAAGUAAUCAAAGAUGCUCUGUCACUUCAUACAAUAGAUGAUGGCACAGUGAAGUACAUGGCUCAAAGAAUUCGAUCGUUUUAUUUCAACGACAAAGAAAUAAACACAGAUAUGCUUGAUGAUAUAGUGAAUAUGUAUACUGAUUUAUGGUAUUGCGAAUGGUACGAAAUGCUCAAUUACAUGGCCACGUUACCAGCUGCUCAACCUGUGUAUGUAUAUGAAUUUAAAUUUUGUGGAAAAUUCAAUUAUCAACGAGCUGGAUUUGCAAAAUAUGCGCCCCAGUCAUUGAAAGGUGCCUGCCAUGCCGAUGAUGGUUCAUAUUUUACUUAUUACAAGGCCAUGAGUGAUUUAACACGUAACCCAACAAUUUUUAAAGAACGAGAAAUAAGAGUGAUAAAGAAUUUGAAUAUUUUGUUAGCCAAUUUCGCUAAAACUGGCAAUCCGAAUGGAGGAACUUUGGAUGAAAUUGAAUGGAAACCACAUCAUCCGAACAAUCCAAGUCAUUUGAAAUUCGAUGAGCACUUAACUAUAGUAAAUAGUCGAAUAAACGAAGAACGUUAUCAAUUUUGGGAUGAAAUUAUUAAAAUAAUGAGAAACAGUGAAAAAAGAAUUGCGAAUAAUUUAAAUCCUAAAAUGUAAAUAUAAAUAUUUCAAAAAAAA